AUGACGUCUUUUCUUAUUAAUGCAUCUCAGGAAGAAUCACAAUGGGCUUGCAUCUCAGAGUUAGCCUCGCAGCUGGCCUGUGUAACGAACGUUGGAGGUGACACUGAGGAUAAAUCCCCGAUUUCGAAGCCUUAUUAUACUUGUCUCCUGCGUGAUCCGCGCCUUUAUACAUUCUCAAACCAGUUGAUUCAGGCCUUGCUACAUCAUGAGUCAAAGGUCGAUAAUCGCAACAUACACCAAUUACUGUCCAUCCUGAAACGGGAAUCAAAGCGUAUAACUCAGGCGCUUGAUCGCUCUUCACUGCGUUGUCUGGCAUACCUAUUGCUCAACUCAGACGUAGAUAACGGGCUGAAGAAUGGAAUUUACCUGCUGCUGGAUGAACCGCAAUACAUGAGAGACUCAGGGCACAUGGUAUAUCAAGUAGCAAGCCCAAGAAUUGAGGACAGGCCCCGCUUGCUUCAGAGAAGGAUAUUGAGCAAGCUAUACCUCUUGUUUUCCACUGAAGGCCAAGCUACAUGGCUACGGAAAUUGGCUGGCAAAAUGUUUCUGGAGAUACUUUCGGAGCCAGAGCAUAAUGACGCCUUCUUCCUUGAAUCAGAAGAAGUGGAAUUGUCACGGCUUUCGUACGUCAUCCUCAAUGGAAACUGUACUCUGAAACUGCUCGCGACUAUCAUGAUCCAUGCGCUACAUAACUCGGGAGUAAGCGACGAAGCACUCUGGAAAUCCGACAGUAGCACGGACAGAGUCAGGUUCUUCGAUACUUUACCUUCCUAUAGAAAUGAUCCGCUACAGCACUUUUACACCUUAUCCAACAUGGCCGUUGUAUCGGAAGUGGUAGAUAAGACUUCCUACCUCCGACGCUGCUUUCUUCUUCAGUCACUUCACAUCGACGAGACACCAUUGUUCGAAGGAACUGUCCUUGCCAUAAUCGAUGAGGGGUGUUUGACAUUCAUCACCUAUAGACAGAACACAACGAGAAUGUGCCUAGAAUACGUUGAUUUCUACACUCAGAGCAUCGGUCUACCCGUGCGCACGGUUGUGGACAAAUCUAUGAUAUAUUGUCUGAAAUUAGUCCUUUCCCAGAAUAAGCUGGUCGUGAAAAAUGGCAGACGGCUAUGCUUCGAAGGCCAUGUUUUAAGCAUCUUAUCCGAUAAAGAUCCUGGUGAUUUGCGGAAUGCCAUCGAGGCAUUCUGUCAGAAUGAUCAGGGGUCUAUAAAUACGGAUGGUAUAUUUCGGACAUCUUCAAUGGUGAUGGAACUGGAUACGAGCGAUGAAGUUGCAAGAAAAUCUUCUGGGAUCUCACCUAACAACACACAGGGGCAGGAGGGACCCCGCACAGGUCCCAUUUUGAUACAAAAGUCUGUCAAAGAGUUGGAGAAACACUCAGAAGAGCUCGAGAAGUGCAAUACCACGAAUGCGAAUCUGGAUGAUGUUCAUUUGGAACGUAAUGGCUCUCAGCAAGAGUGUCAGCGAACAAAUUACGCAGGUGAACCUCCAGUGCCAUUAUCAAACCCAUCACUGUCCAAAGGAGUACCGAGAAAACCAUAUGGUAGACUUGCACCAAAUCCAGAUACCGGAAGAAGAAGAUCAAGUCGCUUGCAAAGUGGGAAUAGACGGAGAGACCCUCUAUCGAAUACUCAAGAGUCUAUGGUCAUCUAUACGCGACAUUCCAAGCAGAAGGUAUAUAUAGCCAAUUCCAAAGCUGCUGUCGACUGGGACGAGGAUCUCCGACCUAGUGACGAUGAAGUGGAACGGCCUUUUAAGGAUGCGGAGGUAACUUCAAUUUCUUCCCCCUUGCCCGGUGAGACGUCCUUUGUCGGCAGUCGUUCGGCAGCUCCAGGCAAGAAGAGAGCAGCCAGAGGGAGGAAGCUAGCCACAAAGCGCAAGAAGAUAGUAUCUUCUCGCCCAACAAGAAAGAAUGAAAACAAUACCAAGAAAGCGACACCAGCAUCAGCAUUUACAGAAGAUGCUGACAACCCCAACCAUAAGCCAGGGCACACACUAUCAGAUGAUGACAUAAUAGGGAAACUGAUACCUUGUUCGAGAGAAAGAAAUGGACGUGCCAUGGCCAAAAGUGCUCAUGUCGAGCUCGUCUCUGAUAAUGCCAUCGUCGGAUGUGACUCUGCUGCACCACAACACAAUGAUGAUCGCACCAGAUCGCUUCGAAUUCAAGCUUCCGGGAAAAAUGAAAGUUAUUCGGAGCUAUCUACAAGUGUGACGGGUGAUAAUAACAAUCAGAUGAAUACUCCUAAGUGUCAUCCGACCGCACAAGGACUUCAAGGUAGGGGCCGUGUAGUGGGGUACAAGCUGUCUGCAGCUUUCCAGCAAGGCUACCCCUCAGCAGGCCAUGGCGGGCAUAAGGAAAACAGCUUAGAGCAUAUACAGACCCAUAAUAAGCUAGCAAACGAAAAUGAGCUCGAUUUGUCAGACACAUUAUAUGUGUCCGUGUGUGACGGUGGAAUACAGGGACAGCACGACAUCACGGAGUCUGUCAUAGAGCGAUAUACCAUCUAUGAUGGGGUAUUGCCCUUAGAAACACCAAACGAGCAAUUCACGAGCAAAAUUGAGGAUGAUCUUCAUGCAGAAUGUUCUGUCCAAAGGCAUACGAGCAGGAGCAGCUCCUUCAAGAUUGACAACGAGGAGCCAAAGAUGUUGACCCAAUCAGGUGGCUCCGCUGACUCAAGUCCAUUGUGUGUAGGGGAAAGUCGUUCUCAUGAAGAAUUUCCCUUUGAAAUGUGCAAGGAGAGCCUCGGGGCCGCGCAUAAUACUUGCACUUCCGACAUGCCUCAGACCACAUCCGAGGGCAUGAAAAGUCCGCGGGCUAGGCCAGUGAAGAGAAAGAUAGCUGCGCUCAGUCCAGACUAUAUGCGAGAUGACCCAAUUACAGGGGACCAUGCUUCAGAAAAUGCUUUCAGGGAAGACUCUAGGCGGUUGGUUCGCAAACAUCACUGGAAUCCCACAAAGCGAUUGAGAAACACCCCCCGAUCAACUAUAGUGGAUGCUGAUGGGAGCCCUCGCCUUCUAUACCACAUCAAAAGCGGAUACAUGGGUGGUAGGGCCGACGUGGACGGAAAUCCUCGAGAAAUGUCAGGCGCGGGAGACAGGUCCUCCACCAGCGAGCACGUUCGGGGGAUCAUGAAGGAUGGUAAAAAUGGUGCACAAAAUGACGAACUACCUGCUUUUUGCGAGCGAAACGUAAUUUCAGGAUCGAAACAUUCCGGAACCUGCACGAAACAAGUGAAGGAAGUACUGACCUUCCAGGAUCGUCUAAUGGCAUGUACAGGUAAACCUACAUCAAACAAGACCCCGCUUAGAAAUCCCGCACGAUCGAGUCCAAAUGCACAUUUGACAUUGGAACGCGAUAACGAGCCUCAUGCGACAUGCAACUCCCUACCUGGGUCGACAGUAGUCCCAGACCAAUUAUCGGCGCAGUCAUGUUCGCAGAAGCCAAGUACCACCGCAGAUGGUGUCCUGGAGCACACCAGCUGGCAGACAUCCCUGCAGGUGCUUCACAAAAGAGCGCAAAGCAUGCUUCUUGCGACAAGCGAGGUAGGCGACAUCCCGUGGGGAUUCCAAGCGUUCAUACUGAAUUGGCUGCAAGCAUAUAAUCCAAGAAAUUGA